AUGUUUGGAAGGGACCCGGGUGGAUCUUCUCGACUACAGGUUGCUAUACAACCGAGAGCAAAGUUGACUCAUCUGGCUACAUGGUACUGCUGGAGUUGGAAAGUCUGCCGUUGUGUUCACAUUAGCGGAAAGGAUGAGAAGUCUCAAAGUGACAGAGGAGACGAAUGCCGAAAAGCAGCUCGCAGGAACAUUCUUUUUCUCGCAAAAACACACCGAACGCUGCACGACUGCAUAUUUUUUGCGACACUUGUCUAUCAGCUUGCUAGCGAUUUUCCCAGCUACCGUAGCGGGAAUAUUGGAAAUUAUGUAAGAGGUCUAUAUGACGAGUCCAUGAUGAAUCUAGUACUAAGUGUUGACCUACCAUAUGAGGACUUCUUCUCGCCCCUAACCCACUCCGAAACAUCUGCGAACUUUGCUAAACACUGCGUUUACAACUUCAUUAUGACUUUGCCAUUCACAGAAGAUGAACUGAACAAAGCCGGUCUUCUAGGCGAAGGCGAGUCCCUUAGUCUCUUUGCACAACUCUCCCUCUUCACUCUCCAAUGUAUCAACCUCCAGGGCCAGCAAUGCAAGGGCCCCAGCUCGCCUCGCGUGCCCAGCUCCCCGGCCCUAAGUGAUGCGACUAUGGUGUCCAAUGUCUCUGCCCUCACGUUCACCAGAGAUGCUGCUGUCUCCGUGCACGGCCCCAAUAAGUAUGAGAGAACAUCAUAUUAUAAUGGCACCACUGGGGGCAGCGACCACCCAGACCUCGUCUACCGUUUGGAUUUCCUCACUAUGCCCUUCCCCCAGGCUAUAAUGUCAUUCUAA